AUGCAAAAAGCCGCUCUAGCGGCGCUGCGCGCCACGUGGAGGGCGCGGCGCAGCGACGGCCCAUCCGGCCCUCAUGGGAUGCCCGGCUUUGGCGCCGGCGACGACGCGUACGGCCACCCCGAGGGCCUCUUAGCGACGGCAACCGUCGUGCCGGUGGCGGUGCCGGACCCGGUGGCGGGCGUCUUACGCUUGCUGCACGGGGUGGUGGUGGCGCCUUGUGGCAGCGGCCCCGGAGGCGCGGCCGGUCGAGCCGGCGCUGACUCCUGA